AGCUAUUUUGAAGGAAAAAAAAAAUGUGAGUUGGAAUGGUUGUUUCUUGAUAUGUGCCUUGACCAUUGGCUGGCGCCCAGUUUCGGAUGUUCCCCACCUCUUGCCAGGAGUGAGCUGGGUUAGGCUCCAGCUGGGUUCGGCUCCAGCAUGCCUGUAAUCCUAGUGAAGAUAAGCGGUUAAAGAAUGAAUGGGUAGAUUGAUGUUUAUGUAGUCUGCACCGUCUUGUCGCAUUUGUGAUGUUUAGCGCAUGCGCUGCAACAAUCUGCUGCUCCUCCAGUUGCUGGCGGAAGUAGUGCUGAUACGUCACGGACGAGGGUACUGAAUGAAAGAUGGCGAGCACCUAUGAGAGUUUUAACUUGCGCACUACAGCAGAUAAAUUUUAUAUCGAAGCUUGUGACGAUGACUCUGUAGACGUGUUGGUCAUCGAUAGGGUUUCAACCGAGAUAACGCUGACAGUUAAGAGGGACAUUCCCGCAUCUUCGGAGACCAGGCCAAUAUGCGGACUCAUGGGGAGGAUACGCCUGGUGGCAGGUAUGUACCUGAUCAUCAUCACUAAGAAUGAGAAGGUGGGGGAUCUUCUGGGCCAUACUGUUUGGAAGGCUCUGGACUUUGAUGUUAUCUCCUAUAAGAAGACAAUACUACAUCUCACAGACAACCAGGGAGAAUACAACAAGACCUUCUUGUCCAUGAUCAACAAUGUACUACAUACAGACAGCUUCUACUUUGCAACGGACUACGACCUGACUCAUACUCUGCAACGUCUGGCUAACACCAGUCCCGAAUUUCAGGAGAUGACCCUACUGGAGAGGGUGAAGGAUCAGCGUUUUGUCUGGAAUGAACACCUGUUGAGAGAAUUCAUACCGCAGCCUGAGUUACACAAGUUUAUCUAUCCUGUUGUCCAUGGAUUCAUCAUCAUAAAGUCGAGUUGCAUCAAUGGGAAGUUGUUUGACUGGAGUAUUAUCUCCAGAAGGAGCUGUUUCAGAGCUGGUGUCCGCUACUAUGUCCGAGGCAUUGAUUCAGAGGGCCAUGUUGCUAAUUAUGUGGAGAUCGAGCAGAUAGUGCAGUACAACAGUUCUAAGGCUUCUUUUGUUCAGACAAGAGGCUCAAUACCCUUUUACUGGUCUCAAAGGCCCAACCUCAAGUACAAGCCAAGACCACAGAUCAGCAAAACAAUGAACCAUUUGGAUGGAUUCCAGAGACACUUUGACUCACAGAUAAUCCUUUAUGGGAAGCAAGUCAUUUUGAAUCUGAUCAACCAGAAAGGCUCAGAAAAUCCACUAGAGCAGACUUUUGAAAAGAUGGUGGUCACCUUAGGAAACGGCACCAUCAAGUACAUAGCAUUUGACUUUCACAAGGAGUGCAGUCUGAUGCAGUGGCAUCGUUUGUACAUCUUGUUGGACAUGGUUGCUGAAAUCCAGGAGGAAUUUGGGCACACAGCUGAGCUGGAGCCCAUCACACCUGAAUUUGAGCAAGAAGCAGAGUUCAUCCUGGAGAUAGAAGAGCUGGGGACCAGGUCCAAAAGGAUCCUACCGGCUCUGGACCUAGUUCUUCAAUUUGCUCCAAAUUGCCUCCACAGGCUUGGGACCGGCCUGUUUUGUGACCCCCAUAGGGCUCCAUUACAGACCCACAUCAUAUGGCUCCUCUCAAUGCAGAAGAUAACACACAGGAUAACUGAGCUUCUCACCCUAUCUCUAAUGGAGUGCCUGGGUACACUUCAGAAGAAACUCAUUUUGGUUCACUGUUUCCGGCAUCGUUUCCUCACCAGGGUCACUGGAGUGCUGGAGCCUAGUAGGAUUUAAAUAGGUCAUGGGAGUGCUGGAGCCAGGCCCAGCUGUCAACGGGUAUGAGGCAGGGUACACCCUGAACUGGUUGCCAGCCAAUCGCAGGGCACUUAGAGACAGACAACAGUCACACUCACAAUCGCACUGAGGGGCCAUUUAGAGUCUCCAAUUAAAUCAUGUUUUUGGAAUGUGGGAGGAAACCGGAGUGCCAGGAGAAAACCCACGCAGGCAUGGCGAAAACAUGAGAAACUCCACACAGAUUUGAACCCCAGUCUUCAGAACUGUGAGGCCAAUGCUCUACAGCAGUGGUCCCCAACCUUUUUAUCACUGCAGACCGGUCAAUGCUUGACAAUUUUUACCGUGGACGGGGAGGGGGCCCUUACGUAGUUUUUGUAUUGAAAAUUGUUUGUAUUGAAUAUCGAAUACAAUACACAUGACAAUGAAUAAUAAAUUAAGAAUAUGAUGAAGAAAUAAAUAAAAUAAACAUAAAAAAUACAUAUGGAAAAAUAAAGAACACGAACCAGCCAUUCUAAUUUUCUUCUCUUAUCUAUAUGUACCUACACAACAGUUAACUAUUAAACACUCCGUGACAGCUGAAAUAAAUUUCUCAGUUGUAACCAUUUGCCUCUGUUGACGACCACAGCCCUAGAACUGUUUUAACUGGUCGCUAGAGUAACGUUUGAACAACCCUUCAAAAUAAGAUACAGCUCCACCACGGGAAUUAAUUUAAAGUGCAUGAAAAUUUUAACUCUACGUAAUGCUAAAUCAAUGGAAGCACUGAGCUUGUUUCUCUGCAACAAGAUGGUAUAUCCAGUCUAUUACGUUGUUUUGUUUUGGUUGCUGUCACCCCGGAAAACCCCGGUUCACAGAUAUGUCGGCAAUGAGAGAAAUCUUUGCAUCGCUCUUGUACUUUAAACACUCUUGUGAACGAGGUCCCUCUGGAAAACCAUCUAAUUUCCGUGUAUAAGGGAAGCACCUCUCUUCACAAAGCUCCUCAAAAAGGCGUGAGUUAAAGGAGUGUUUUGAUGUGGUUAAUAACUUUCUUUUUCUUGUAAGUUGAAGGCUCUUCACUGGGGCUUUUCCCCAUCGAAAAUAAAUUUUCCAAAGAUGUUUUUUCUAGCUUGUGGGGGUAAAUUUGGCGCUCAAAUGCGAGUGAAAGUCUACAGCUUCCAUCGUGUCAUCCUUAUAAAUAAAAUGACUAAUGUAAAAAAAAAACGUGCAGUGUGUCCCAUCUUCAGAUGUCAAACGUUGCUGAUAACAGGGGUGGAUGAUUAGACUGAUCCUUUCAUAUGCCUCUAUUCUGCUUUCUUGGGGAGGGAGGGACCACAAUAAUUAGCUAUGAUUGUGGAAACGACAAACACUUUUCUCAAGGACAAUAAAGAAAUAAGGAAACAAUUUAAUGAACUAAAAUGCAUUGUUAACUUUACUACAGGUUUGAUGUUUAACAAUAUUUUUAUGAUAUGAUAUGAUCAUAAGACAAGAAUAUUUGAUUUGGUGUUAUGUAACAGAUAUAUGAGUUACGAGAAUGCUAAACUGAUGGAACUAGUUAAAAAAAAAAUCCAUGCCUUAAUGCUUAGGAUGCAGAAAAUGUGUUGGAAACAGCAACAACAGGAACCAAGUUUAAAAUUGACAUUAGCCUCAGAAAACUUGGGAGUCAGACACCUGCUGGGUAAACCAAGCCAGGUCAUAUCUCGACUCACAAAGGAAUUUCCCUCGUUUCAGUGGAAAACCAACCAAGAUUCAAAGGUCAGUGUUGAAGGAGUACAACUAACAAAGCCUCUGUGUGAAACUAAGGUUACUGAAGUCAAAUACACUAGUAUAAAAGUAUCUAGAAAGCGUCAAUUAUGUAAUCAGAAACUGGAUGAUUGUAAUGUUAAAUUAUGUAAAUAAACCUAUCCAUCCAUUAUUUUUCACUUACCUGGCGUCGGGUCGUAGGGACAGUAAAUUUUGCGGGGAACCCCAUACUUCCUUAUCCACAGCCACUUCCUCCAGCUCUUCUGAGGCAAUUUGGAGGUGUUCCCAAGCCAACCAAGAGACAGACUACAGUGUGCCCUGGGGCGUCUCUUGGGUCUCCUCCCUGGACUGUAUCUAUAUUAGCUAUAUUAGUCUACUAUCAAAAUGACCAAGUUGACUACAAAUACAUAAUUAGCAUUCAUGAUUAAAUGUUUAUUUUCACUGCAGUGCAUUCUGUAGAAAACGAUGCACCACGUGACUGCUUUGUUGUAUGAUACC